AUGGUCGCGAAGGAGCCACCCAACGGGCCCGUCCUGUUGGGACGAUUGGGAACAAAUGUGGGCGAGGUCGACAUUGAGGCUGGGAAUGUGCAGGAUGAGAAGGUGUGCUUGCCGAAGCUCGAGAAGGAGGGCCCGGCGGCAGCGCUGACAACACCUUCGAAGGCGACAGAGUACUUCGAGCGGUCUGUUCUGGCCUUGGGCGCGAUCUUGGCGCUUGGCCAGGGUGUCUCUGCUCCCGCAAUUGCAAUCUUUACGGGGGAGAGCAUUGCUAGCAUGACCGUCUCGGACAUCGCGAAGGAGGAGCUGCUGGAUGCAAUGACGCCAACACUCACAAAGGUUGGGGUCCUAAUGAUCGUCCAAUUCGUCUUUACCUUCGGUUGGCAAACUUGCCUGUCCUGGGCUGCCGCCAAGCAGGCGCGCCGCUGGCACCGUGGUUUCUUAGAGGCGCUUCUCUCCCAGGACAUUUGCUGGUAUGACGAGCACGAGGCAACAGGAGUGGCAACCAAGCUGGAAGCUGAUGUUGCGAAUGUCUAUGUAUUCAUGUCAACAGCCCUCGGAUACCUCAUCGCAAGCUUGGGCCAAAGCGUGGCUGGCUUGUCGCUGGCCUUGUAUUCUGGCUGGCAGCUCUCUUUGGUCAUCUGUUCCACAAUUCCGAUCCUGGUGUGCGCAGGCCACUGCAUGGGCAAGGAGAUUGAGCAGAAAACGGCCGUGCAGGUAGCAGACUUUGCUCGAGCGUCCGCUGUGGCAGAAGAGUCGCUGAUGGCGAUACGCACCGUGGCAGCCUUCGGUGGUGAGUUCAUGCAGUCCUCACGUUUUGAGAAGGAACUUUUGUCGGCAAAGAUUGGCGGCAUUCGCUCUGGGAUGAGGGUUGGUGCCGCAUGGGGUGGCCUCAAUUUGUUUUACUCUUGCCUGUACGCUCUGGCACUGUGGUUUGGGGGACACAUCCUCAUGUCCGAUGAAAAUGCACAUUUCGGGCCACAUCAUGUCAUCACAGUCAUGAUUUCCAUGAUGGUGAGCGGUUCCGGCCUUAGCGCUUUCAGCGGCUAUGCUCCCGUGAUGGCAAGGGCAGUCGUCUCCUUCAAGGGCAUGAAGGAGAUGAUGACCUCCCAAACCCGGGCCAUUGAGGAGCCCCUCUACACGCAAUCGGUGCUGCCAGAGGUCCUCCACCAGGUCAAGAGCAUCGAGUUCCGAAAUGUGAGCUUCAGGUACCCAAGCAGGCCAGACAAGUGGGUUCUGAACAAUUUCAGCUUUCGUGUGGAAAGGGGACAGAAGAUUGCACUUGCUGGUGAGAGUGGCUGUGGCAAGAGUACUACCAUCCAACUCCUGGAGCGGUUCUACGACCCAUGCGCUGGAGAGGUGCUGGUGAACGGAGUUUGCCUCAGCCAAGUCCCACCCAAGGCCUGGCGGAAACUGAUCGGGUAUGUGGGGCAGGAGCCUGUUCUCUUCGCAAGUACCGCCAUGAACAAUCUAAAGGCCGGAGAUGACUCCGUCACCGACGAAAUGGCAUUUUCAGCCGCCAAAGCUGCCCAGAUCUACGACACCUUGUGUCGGCUGCCAGAUGGCUUUGACACUUUUGUCGGGCUGGGAGGGGGGCUGCUGUCAGGAGGGCAGCGACAACGCUUGGCCAUUGCACGUGCCCUGGCAAAAAACCCUCAGGUCUUGGUCCUGGACGAGGCAACUUCGGCACUGGACAGCGAGUCCGAACGCAUGGUCCAAAGCACUCUGGAUGCACUCCAAAAUGUCAUGGGACGUCACUGCACCACCAUCUCCAUUGCCCACAGGCUUUCAACUAUCAAAUCGUCCGACUUGAUCUAUGUGCUGCAAGGGGGAUGCUGUUGCGAGCAAGGCAACCAUGAGCAGCUCAUGCUGGAGAAGGGUGUCUACUAUAGCAUGGCAAAGCUGCAGCAGGCACAGACCGAGGCCGAAGGGGAGGAUGACCAGCCCUAUCCAACUGAUCCAACUGCAAAUCGGGUGGUAUCUCCUGCUAGCACUCUUGAGCUGGACGUCACACAGAAUGAGGACGACACUGGCUCCGCUCCCUGGGUCUGGUGCCGCCUGGUUAGUAUGAUGAGGAGAAGCUACUGGUGGAUCUGGCCCGUAGCAGUCGUUGCAUUUGUCAUCCUGAUCGGGGAAGCUGCCGCGAUGCCGCUCGAAGCUUUGUUUUUCAAUACGGCCAUCAUGUCUCUGUUCGAUGGUGCCGACGACCUCGAGGCCAUGCAUCCCAAGCUCAACCAGGCCGUCUUGGGCCUGGUGCUGGUCGGCUUGGGAAACGGCAUGUUCACGAUGUUGCAAACCUCACUGUUCACUUAUGUGCAGGAGUGCUUGUGCAUGAUUUUGCGCAAGGCAGCGUUUAGCAGCAUUCUCCGCAUGAACAUAGCCUUCUUCGAUGCGCCAGAGAACCAGACGGCGAGCAUCCUUGUGUCGUUGGAGCGGCACAUGAACCGUGUGGCGCAAAUGUUGGGUAUCCAGCUUGGAAACUCCAUGGGCGCCAUCUUCACGUGUUGUCUUGCCAUCGGCCUCAGCUUCUUGGGAUCCUGGAUUUUGGCCUCGGCCGCUUUGCUCUUUUUGCCUUUGUGUGGCUUUCUCGCCUUCUUUGUUGCAGUGCUGGCCACCCGGAACGAGCCCGAGGCCGAGGCGGCCUACGCCGCUGUUGGCCAUGCCACAUCCGAGGCUGCCACCAACAUCCGUACGCUGAGAGCACUCGGGGCAGAAGAAAGAAGCCUGGAAAUCAUCGACACAUCCUUGCACACUCUCACUCAGCUCAAUGCUGCCAAAUCCUGGAAGCUGGGCCUCUCCCUGGGCUUGAACAUAAGCCUGUUUCCGGCCAUAUUUCUGGCAGGCUUCUGGAUGAGUGCAGUUUGUAUUCAGUACUGGGACUUCAACCCGAGGCAAGUCCUCCUAACCCUCUUCUGCGUGGUGUUCGGGGUCAUGUCUGUCAGCUCCAUCGUGCAGUACAUCCCUGACUCUGCCUCGGGGUAUCAUGCCGCAGUUGAGGUCUUCCGCUUAGUCGACCUGGUUUCCAAGAUCGACCCCACACAGCCGGCCGGGCAAAUCGAGAGCAUUGGAGAUGGGUCCAUUGAGUUCCAGAAUGUGCAGUUCUGGUAUCCCCACCGUCCAGAGGUCCGUGUGCUCAAGAAGUUAAGCUUCACUAUCCAAAGGGGUGAGUCUGUUGCCCUAGUCGGCUUCUCCGGUGGUGGCAAGUCCACGGUGAUCCAGCUCUUGCAGCGCUUCUACGACCCUCAGAGUGGAUCGAUCCGUAUCGGUGGCACGGAGCUGAGCGACCUCAAUGUGGCCUGGUGGCGUCGUCAACUGGGCGUCGUUGGCCAGGAGCCCGUUCUCUUCGACAUGUCACUCGAAGAAAAUGUAAGGUACGGCUGCCCUGAAGCGACUGACUACCAGGUGCGCGAAGCAGCGAGGGCGGCCAACAUGGACUACGUCUUUUCGGACAUUGACGAGAGCAGGGGCUACAUCCUCUCGGGUGUGAACACUGGUGCUGUGAAGUGGACGGAUCGAGUUGGCUUCCGUGGAGAGAAGCUUUCGGGCGGACAGAAGCAGCGAUGCGCAAUCGCCCGGGCGCUGCUCCGCCAACCUCCAAUCAUGCUGCUGGAUGAAGCAACUUCUGCUCUGGAUUCCGUGUCAGAGCGCAUGGUGCAACAGGCCAUGCAGCAGGCGAGGGUGGGUAAAACCACAAUCACUGUGGCCCAUCGUUUGUCCACAAUCCAAAGCUCGGAUAAGAUCUUGGUGCUUUCGAAUGGUAGACUAGUCGAGUCCGGCACCUACGAUGAGCUCAUCAGCUUGCGGGGUAACUUUGCUCUGCUUGCCCGUAGCCUGUAA